UUCCAAAGCGGCACUGCAGGAGGGGUUAGGCCACGCCGCGCUGCUUCCCGUGCUUUAUUUUUUUCGUUUUUUCGUUGCGCGGAAAGCAAGAGGAAGAAGCAGAAGAAGGCGCGACCGGCCACCCCCUCCUCGAAAAAAAAAACAUAGAGAGCGGCGGCGUCACAACUGCAUAGUCGGGACCGGCGGACACCGGCGGCGAACACCAGCUCGCUCUCGGCGGUCGACACCACUGCCGCAUGGACAAGGCUAGCGCCGCGGAAGUGUCCCAGCCGAGUGCCGCCCAGACAGCAGCGAGAAGCGACGAUACAGCGUCCGCCGACGCCAGUGCCAAGCCUUCGACGACUGCGGACGACCAAGCACAGAGACAUCAUGACCUCCUCCCGAAGACAGUGGACCCUGCUGCGGCGCGCGGCGCCGCAAACGGACAUUCAGCGACUCAGGAACCGGCGAAGCCUCGUGAAGGCGGCGUCGCGCCAGCAAGGGAGGCCGGCGUCGAAUCUGAGCGGACUGCGCCGGUGCCCUCAGUGAGCGACGCCGGAGGUGGCGAAAAGCCUGUGCCUCCCGCGAAGAGUCAACCCCCUCCAUCGGACGAGAAGCAGCCGUCCGGCGCCGCCCCGAGCACAUAUCCCGAGCCAGAGAGAAUCUCCACCGAAGUGCCAGAAAAGAAGCCUGUGAUGGAGGACAAGACAGAACGAACGGGACCAGAAAAGGAAUCACGUGAGGUGCCUCCGUCGGCCCCGGCGGCCGAUCGAGACGGUGCAGUGCCUUCGCAAGAGAAACAGCAGCAACAGCGGCCCGAGAGUGAUAGCAGCGUGGCCAAGCAACCUGCCAAAGAAGUGGAAGCAGCGAAAGAAGGUGGCGCGAAGGGCGCGUCCACGCAAACCGACCAAGAGCCCCAAGGAAUGGCGGAAGAGAAGCCCGGUGCCAAAACUGCCGACGCAGUCGCUUCCCCGACAGCAGGUGCAACUCGGGAAGAAAAGCGGCCGGAGGAAGCUAGUAGCGAAGUUUCGGAAGCGGCUCCCAGCGAAUCGACAAAAGUAACCUCGAGCGCUGCUGAGGCUGGCGAAGGCAAAGCGGAGAAUGGGAAGCCAUCUAACGGGGCAGUGUUGCCCCAGGAGACGUGUAAAUCUGUCGCGGACGCCGGCACUAAAGUUCCGCAGGAACACGCGAGUCCCGGCGGGGACGGCGCGAGUUUACAGCCCUCCGCGAAUGGCGCUGGAGAUGCUAAACAGCCCACACCUGACGACACGAGGCCAAAAUCUUCCAUUCCGCCACCGCCAGUGUACGAGGUGCCAUCGCGGACUAGCUCGGGAAAGGGUGAACCGAAACAAGCCGAGGAAGACAAGCAAAAGACGCAAAUGGCCGAACAACCGGCGGAAACGAUAAAAGGAAACGGACCCGUGGAGGCAGCGAGGCUGCAAGAAGUGACCGAAUCAAUUAUGCCAGCUACGGCGUGCCACACUGGCACGACUGACACGGUGCGCCCCGACGCGAUACGAAAGGAGUCCGCACCCAAGGAAGCGUAUUCCAGCAGCGCCGCGCUAGACGACGUAUUAGACGAGGAAGCAAUCAGGGCGCAGUUGUACCCCGCCGAGGUGGAGGGCUUGGCUCCACCGAAAAGGGCAGAAGUGAAAGAACCGGAAGCCAGUGAACCGCAGUCUGUCGCUAAAGAGACCGAGAAGAGCGCCGCGAGCGGCCUUCCGAGCUCCAGUGAAACAAAACUCGAACCGGGUGCCAAAACGCCGCAGCCGGACGUCGAGCGCGAAGAAGCCCAUGACGAAUCGCGGGAUGUUCUCGACGCCGAUGUGAAAGCAGGCGAGCGGGCAGAACCACCAGGGGCGCAAGUUCCCGAGAAAGACACGGCUAUACCUAGCGAAGAGGUCACCAAAGAAGAGAAGCCAGAGAAAGUAGCGAAAGAAGCACCUCCCUCCGCUCCUACUACGAAACAAGCAGAAGCACCCGAAAAAGUAGAGAAACCAGCUGACAAAGUCGAAAAGGCCGAUGAGCUCGAGAAGCAAGUGGACACGACGCCAAGUGUAAAGACUGAAGGUCCUCCACAAGAAAGCAAGGUCGCCGAAACGGCUCCACGAGAGGAUAGUGCAGAACGAGAGGACGAGAAGGCGAAAGCUGCCGCCAGUCCCAACAAGCAAGACGAAAAGACUGAAGAAAAGGUCGAGCGUGUCGCCAAGGAAGAUGACGCCAAAGAGGUUGCCCCUCACGACGCGACGCAGGAACCCAGCGAGCCUUCACCGGCUAAGGAAGAAACCACGCAAGUUCGCGACGUCACCGCAGAGAGUGACAAGCCGUCAAAGGAAGCGGAGCGCACCCACGAAGUCGACUCAGCAAAAGAUACGUCCAAAGCCGCGGCUUCUCCUGAGCCGGGUGUCGGUGAGAAAGAACCGUCACAGACAACCGAGGAAACCUUGCCGAAAGAAAAAGAAGUGGGUCAGAACGUGCCAAAGGAGGCAGAGGGGGGACCAGAGGAACUCGACGUUCAAGAGCUCCCUCCUCAGGAGCCAGGAAAGCCAGACAAAAUUAAAACAAACGAAGAAACUGCGGCGCCGAAACUUUCGGACGCUGUUGCAGAGCCAGAGAACAAAGAAAUAAUAAGUAAAUCUGAAGAAGAGCCGUCGAAGGCGCCACCCGGGGACUCUGAAGUGUCCGGCGCUCCAGAACCGGCUACUCAAGAAGAAGCCCCCACCGCAGUUGAGCCCCAGGAAAGCGUUCCAGAAGUAACCAAAGACAAAGCGGAAGCGUCCGAGGAAGAAGUCGUAAAGACAGAUGAAGUCCCCGUUACCACAGCAGUCAAAGAAGAAGCAGCCCAGCCGGAGCCUACAGAUGAAGCCACACCAGAAAAGGUAGAAGACGAAGCACCUGAGUCUGGCGACAAGGCAAGUGAAGAAGCAACAACAAUGGUUGAAGCUGCUCAAAAAGAAGCUGAGGAGCCUGGCACUGACAUGCCAGUGGGUGCGGACGAGACGGCGGAACAGGCAUCUGAAGACCAAGGUGGUGAAGAAGCAGCCACUGCCGCCGAAGCUGAGCCAGAGGCUGGAGACGAAAGCAAGAGAGCUUCCGAGGCUGCCGAAGAAAGUGAAAAGCCGAUGGCCGAAACAGUGUCCGAGGAAAAGACCGAAGAGGCCACCGACGGGGCAGCUCCUUCCGAACUUGAACCGACGCCACCUGCGGAAGCAGUGAAAAAGAAAACCGGCUUGCCAAAGUCGCCGUCCAAGCGCGCGACGGGCAAAGGUCCGCCCAGGACUCUUGACAAAAAAGAGACUUCCGCAGCAGCAGACGCAAAGGCAAAGACGCCCAGCUCUCCCAAGAAGCCCAGCAGCAUUCACGAAAAAGGCGGACCGUCGCCUAAGAAGACUGCGCCCACCAAGAAUGGCGUCACCUCCCCGUCGAAGACGGCGAGGACACCUGGCUCCGAGCAGAAAAAACUACCUCCGAUCAAGGCUCCUGUGGGCCAGGCACCCAAGCCCGACCUGAAGAACGUGCGCUCCAAGAUCGGCUCUCUGGACAACAUCAAGCACAAGCCUAAGGGCGGAGAAGUCAAGGUGACGACGCAGAAGCUGGAGUGGCGAGCCGCGCCCAAGGUGGGCUCCUUGGACAACGCGGCACACAAGCCUGGAGGCGGAGACAAGAAGAUCCUCUCGCAAAAGCUUGACUUCAAGGCGCAGUCAAAGGUCGGGUCGCUGGACAACGUCGACCACAAGCCGACCGGUGGCCAAGUGAAGGUGGAGACCCAGAAGCUGGACUUCAAGGACAAGGCGUCGUCCAAGGUUGGCUCCUUGGACAACGUCAAGCACAAAGCGGGCGGCGGCAAUGUAAAGAUCUUGUCCGAGAAGCUCGAGUUCAAGGAAAGGGCAGCUUCGAAGAUUGGCUCCUUACCAGCCUCGGAUGCCGGCAGCACACGAGGCUCGGAAUCGCUAAGUCCCACAAACCUGACCAGUCCCCUCCCGGCGCAGUCGCAGCAGAGCCAGGAAGACGACGUUGCGGCAGCAGCCAAUGGCCACGAGUCGGACAUCUCUCCCACCAAGGAUGAAGUGGCAGCGCCAUCCAGUGGCGUCCCUGCGACGGCGCCGCCCCCUGAAGUGGCCCAGUGUUGAUCCGCCAUCGAGUGACCCGCAGGGGGAGACUAUGUAGCCCGCGCGGAAAUUGCUCGUGGCCACGGAAGCUAGCGGUUUUCCCAUCUGUACCAUUGUUCGCUAAACAGGCGUGCCGUCAUUUGCCAAAGCCCUUCUGCCAGGUGAUACUCCUCGUUGCAGACGUUAGGGAUAGCAGCUACUCGCACGCGAAUGCAUGGGGCGAACCCGACGACAGGCUGCACUUUUUCGGGCGUCGAGCACAGCCAUUGUCUGUCAGUGCGUUGCAGGAACUAAUCGAAUGGCGUAAGAAAAUGGUCGCGACGACGUUUUUCCCAGUGAUUAAGAAUGGUGUUACAAUUGCUGAUGAAGAGCACGUAUGGCUGAAGGUCAUACUGAAAGUGAGUGAACGAAGGAAACGUCGUUGAAGAAAUGACAUUGGCCGAGAAUAUUGUUCUGAAAGAACGAAUGCCUACCGGUACUGAUGGCUGUAGGCCAUCGGUCUGCAGUGCAACUUGGCGAGAAGUCUGCAAAAUUCGGUUGGCCUUCAGAGUGUAGGUGAGAAUGAAGGCGGAUUACUGCAUAGAUAUUGCGCAUCAACGUAUACGUCCUACGCGCAGCACAUCGCUACAUUAAGUGAGAACCUCUGUGAGAAUAAAGGUGGCAGUGUAUCUAGGGAAGAUGCCCUGAAAAUAACUUUCGAACUCACAAGAAUGGGCUCUAUAACAGUCGCAUAGUAAAAAACUGGGGGUAACGCAGGACCAGGAAGGAUUUCAAGGUUUGCCAGGAUUCUCUCGAAACAAAAGCGUAGAGGUUACAACAAGCAUGCAUUGUUCGUAUGUGUAGUCAUGAUGGUUUCGAGUUCUCGAAGUGUUAAUCCACCUAGAGAACCGGAUUUUUUUUUAAUCGCUGCAUUCGCACACCUGGCUUCUUGUGAUGCUUAGCCUAGCAAAUUCACUGGGAACAAAACAACUACGCGAAGAAUGGUGACAUGACCAUGCGCGAACGAACAGUGAGAUAAGUAAGAAACUGCCUAGAACGUGUGGCCGCGAGCAUUUCUGGAUAAGCAACUGGAUGCUGGACAUAGCCGAACAGACAAGCGCCAUUCUAUAUAACAAAGUACACCAUUUUUUCCCCGUCUCCAUGAGUCAGAUAAGCGGUACUAAUUUCUCGUAUUUAUAUAUAGGAAACAUAACUUCGUGUUCCAUGUAUGUCAAGGUCUUGAACACCUUCUCCCCCACUGCUUCCACAUGCGUUCUUCUUUCUCUUCCUGCUGUAUUUCCGUGAAUAGUUCUGUAUUUACCUGAUUUUUAAGGUGCACAACCUUUUUAAGGUGCCGUAAUGUUAAAAGGUGGUGUGGCUUGCAUACUUGAGAAUUGAAAGGAAGCGCUAUACUGUUUCACCUCCUCCUGAUGAUAUAACAGUGCACUCGGAUGACGGCUAGCGCACGCUUUCGGCGAGCUGGCAUACUAUUAGCAGAAAACGCAGCCGAAACUCCUAGCGUGUACUACGGUGUAAUUUGCCGAGAGGCGCUUCGUAUGAACUGAGUGUCUCAUGCUAUAGUUUCAGACUUUCAGUAAUUUUCAAGGGCUUGACACCUCACGUGGUUCCUCGUGUUCCCUGAUAAAUGCAACGUAUCCUCUGGAUACCCGCUUACUUGAACGGUUACUCGUUUCCACGAAGCAUAUUAGUAACGUGUCGUACUUUCCUAUUGCAGCCCCCUGCCCCCAGACCCUACAAACUCCCUUCCCUACAAAUUCUGUGUAACUGUGACGUAGGUAGUCGUUGCCGAAAUACCAUAGUCACAGUAACUUGUCUAGGGCAAUGUAAACCACUCGUUGGCACUCUGGAGAUGGAGAAGGCGCUACUGCGACGGCUACAGCGGCAAGAUGGUCUGUUGGUGAUACCGUCAGGUCGUCGUCCCGUGUGACAGCGGAAGUUUGUGUGUUAAGUUAUGACGUCACAUGUAGGAAACUCGGGACGUAAAAGAUGCAGCACAAGUUGUCCUGCCUUUCUUUUUUCUCGUCUUUGUUCUCUUUUGGAGCACUAACAUACCGUAACAGAUGUUGUACUGUGACUGCCUUUCUAUGAUAGCUUAUACCGGUACUCGCUUAAGCGCCCGUUGGUUAUCCAGGGUUCAAACGCCGCCCGCGAGCCCGCUUUGUUUUCCCGUGGCUUGUCGAGCGGCAACCCCGACCCCGUAGCCUUUCGUCCUUUCGUUUAGACGUGUCGGAAGGCAGGACGUGCGCUGCUUCAGACUUUCGGAAACAGUGCGAGGCGCUUGCUGGUUUGUUCACAGUGGUAAGCGAUACUUUUGACGAGAGAUCGGUUGCAUAUGGAGUCGGUCGCUCGGCUGAUACGUUUUGCGAAAAGAGUGCCUGUGUAAGUCUAGCUGACCGCUGUGGCUUGCUCUGUAAAGGACGUGCUAGAGGAUUUUUUGAGGCAUAGAAGACUGCGUCGUUGUCGCUAGGAAACAAAUAUUGUGAAAGUGUACAUGGGCAUUAACCAACCUAGCACUAAGCAUGCUAUUUUCUCUGUUUAUUUUCGUAACGCGCAUUGUUUUUCCCCUAGGUGUGAUAAUAAAAGAGAUUAUUUGACGCCUACGCUGCUAUCUAUACUUCACGUGUGCGUUUAGCGUGAUGAGCUAUCUGUUGAGAGCUUUAGUGCAAUGGCCGUUCCUGCUGAACAUGGCGAGAGUCGCCAAACAUUAUCGAGUUACUACUUUAUUUUAAAGUGUCCUUCGGUUAACAGAAUACACUAAGAGGCUCUUCACUCCCCGUAAUAUGUCGCCCUUCAGUCUCUCCUCGCUGUAAGAGCUGCAACCGAGUGCUGCUCCAACACCAGACUCGACAAACAAAUCUCUCUCGCAAAAAAAAAAAGAAAAAAAAUAUCGCACCUCGCUCUAACGUCGCGACCGUGCUCCCACCUCUUGCCACGCGUACGCGACAAACGCGCUGACACAACGCGGCCCUAAGCAAAUGGCAGAGGUAACUCUUGGUGCGACGCUCGCUUUCGACGUCAAAGCGCGGUCGUCGAUUCCCAUCACGCUUGCGUUUCCCUUACGCUUAUGCGGCCUGUUCUACCAGUUGUGACCCUAUUAUAUCACCUCCUUGACGUUUUUAUGACGUCACUAUUUGGCACCGCGUGUCGCAAUUGAAGAGAGCUGCACGAAUUCGCUUGUAAAUAUAAGAACCACUGGCGAAUAUUUUAGGGCGUACAGCUUGGAAGCAUCUACCCGAAGUAUAUUAUGGGCUUCUCCUCCUUGCAAAAAAAAAAAUUUUCCCCCUCACCCAGGUCACAAUCGUAAGCGCGCCUGAAUGCUGCCGACGCUGCCUAAAUUGUCUGCCACUAUCAGAAUAUUGUAAAUGUAACCAGCGUGACUCUUUCCUGUUGAAGUGUGCGAUCUGGCGGUCUGCUAAGUUGCGAACCUGCCCUUCUGUUUGUGUCUUGUGUGA